AUGCUAAAGGUUCUAAGCUUGAAUAUCCCUCUACUUGAGGCGUUGGAGCAGAUGCUUGGGUAUGCCAGGUUUAUGAAAGAGUUGGUUAAGAAGAAGAGGGCAUCUAGUUUUGAGGAUGUUGGAGGAGUGUACCAUUGCAGUGCAGUCACUUCCAAGUCUCUGGCCCAGAAAAAGGGUGAUUCCGGAGGAUUCACAAUCCCUUUUGACCGCACUGUGAAGAAACCCGUGGGCAUUUCUUUUGAUAUAUUAGUAAAAGUUGGCAACCUUAUUUUUCCAGCUGAUUUUGUCAUUCUGGAUUGUGAGGUUGACUUUGAGCUGCCCAUUAUUUUUGGAAGACAGUUUAUGGCCACGAGUAUAGCAAUGUUCGGCAUGGAAAAGGGAGAGCUCAUGUUUAGAGUCAAACAAAUAAGUCGCUUUCAAUGUCUGAAAAACAAUGAAGCAGCCUACCAACAUGAGGCUUGUUUCUGUGAUCCAUUAUAUUGA